AUGGGCCGUAUCCAGCGAAAGAAGCGCAAUCACCACGCCCGGCGAGAUAUUUCAAGGGCGGCUCGCACACGCGCCCGCAAGCUGGAUUACGACCAGCGUCAUGAAAAUGCCCUGGACGCGUCCAAGCGUGCGAAUCUGGAAGCGCCUACCGAGCUGGAUCCCGACAAGGCGGGUCUCGGUAUGUUCUAUUGUGUCGAGUGCGAUCGUCACUUCCCGAACUCGAACGAUCGCAAUGCACACCUAGCCAGCAAACUUCACAAACGCAUUGCCAAGAAAGUGCUCACAGAAAAACCGUACACCCACGAAGAGGCUUUGCGCGGCGCAGGCAUCGGCGUUGACAAUAAGCAGCGCAACUCGGACCGCAUUGAGGCAGAGCAAGAAUGA